CUUAUUGGACAGCUGCGCGAGUGCGGUUGUGAGAGAGAGCGCGGUUGGCGAUUGUAUUUGUGCGAAAAGAAAAAAAGCGAAAUACAAUAAAUUGAAUUAAAAGGCGAGGCAAGUGCCAGUCAGCACAUUCGAUGAAUAUUAUUUAUUAGGGCAAAGGCGAACAAAUUCCAAAAAAUAAACUCAGCUCCAAAAAUUAAUAUUGAUUUUUGUGGCGUGCACAAAAAAAAGAACAGAAAAAAAGGCGACAAAAAGCAACCACUUCGUCUUCCAAUAAGAGCCAAGAUUAUCUGUUGGUCUUGUUGAGAAAUUUGCCAAUUCCGCAAUGAACGCGACCACAACAACAGCAACAACAAUGUAGACGCGUUUGUUGUUGUCGCUAGUAAGUGUUAUUAACUAAGUCGAGUGUCAGUGUCGUUGAAGUGCGAGCGAGAGCAAGCGACAAAUGCAAUAACAACAACGCCAACGACAACAAAAGCAAAAGUUCAACACUGCGUUUGUGGUUGUGCGUGCGUGUGUGUGUAUUUGAGAAGAUGCAAAAGGCACACAAGAAAAUGUGUUCAGCAAAUGCAAAUUGUCAUUGAAAGUUGCUCGUUAAGGCAUACAAAAAAUAAAUAUAUAAAAGGCGAUUUAACCGGCAGGACGGCAGCGUUUUGGGAGUGGCCUUGGACUGCGCUUUAGCCAUAUUCCAAUUGGAUUGCGACCAACAAAAAAAAAAUAUAUAAAUACACUAUGUGGAUACCAUCGAACAACAAAUACGGCGUCGCCAUACACAACUGGCAUGGCGACGUGCGCUUUGGCCUGCCCCUGGAUGUUGGCGACUCUGUGGAUAUUGUUGAGGAGUGCAGGCACUGGUUUCGCGGCUCCUGUCCGCGCAGAUCGCGUGCCGUUGGCAUCUUCCCCAAGACCUACAUACACAUCAAGGAUCUGUCGAAAAUCGAUCCUGUCGUUGCCGAGUGCACCCAAGUGCUGCGCGAAUGGUCAGAGAUCUGGAAGCGCCUCUAUGUGGAUCGCGAGGCGUACAAGUUUCAGACGCUGCGCAAAGUUAUGUACUCCAUUUUGGAGAGUCGCCGCGAGCUUCUAGGCGCGACCAUGACACAGGAUCAAACGACUGAGCUGCAAAUGGUUGUGGUAUCCAAAAUUGAUUGGGGCAAUCGCAAACUGGGUCUCGAUCUGGUGCCGCGCGUGGGUCCAUUGGCCGUCGAUCCGCAUGGCAUUGGCAUAGUGAAGCUCUACAAUGUGCAUGUGAGCAGCGCGGAUAAUGCCAAGGCUUCAUCGAGCCGCGGCACGCUGCGAAGGAAGACCCAGCGCAAGAUACUCAGCCAUCAUUUGUACUUUUGCAUGCGAGAUUUUGGUCAUCGGAUUGGCGGCGAUGAUGCGGAGGUUUAUUUCUUUCUAUACGAUGGCAAUCGCAUGCGUCCGGUAUCCGAGCGUUUUCUCGUCAAGAUCUCCAAGGAUGGUUUCUCCAAUUACAUUGAGAAGCUGCACAGUAAUUGCAGCGUCUUCACAGAUCUGGGCGCCGCUGAUCUCAACGAGGAACUGCAUCUGGUGGCCGUCGUUAUGCGCGUGGGCAAAAUAAUACAAUCAGAUUCCAUAAAGAAGACUGAAAAGAACAGCUCCUGCCUGACUGGACCCACCUAUCGUCGGCCUUUCGGCGUGGGCGUGCUCUCCCUGGCGGACAUCUGCCAGUUUGACAGCAACCUGGAGCAGCAGUCGUCGGAGGAGCGCGAGUAUAGCUUCAAGCUAUACCAGAGCGAGGAGAAGGAUUUCCAUUUGCUGCCCGAGCUGAUUAUCAAGAAAUCCAGCGGCAAAUAUUCACCCAUACAGCCGGGCAAUCAAAGCACCCAGGGCAUUGUCGUCUCACUGAAGUUGCUGCACGGCGGCUUGGGGCAGGCGCGGCAGGAGCAGCCGCUGCUCUUUCAGGGCACCACAAUAACACGGAAAAUGGGCUUUCCCGAUGUCAUCAUGCCGGGCGAUGUGCGCAACGAUCUCUUCCUCACGCUGGAACGCGCCGAAUUCGAGCGUGGCGGCAAGAAUACGGGCAAAAAUAUACUGGUCACCGUUGUCGUCCUAGAUGUGGCGGGCAAUGUGCUCGGCGACUGUUUGUGGGGCGCCUCCGGCAUGGAUGCACUGCCGCAAUACCGCUCGAUGAUACUGUAUCAUCAGAACGCGCCCAGCUGGAAUGAGAUGCUGCGCCUGAGCGUGCCCAUCGAUAAGUUUGCCACCGCCCAUGUGCGCUUCGAGUUCCGGCAUUGUUCGACGCGUGAGAAAUCGGAGCCGAAAUUGUUUGCAUUCAGCUUUGCCCGCCUCAUGGACACCAGCGGCGCCACACUGGGCGAUGGCCUGCACGAGCUGUACGUGUACAAGUGCGAGGAUCCGGCCAAGCUGCAGGCGGCCAGCUAUUUGCGGCUGCAAUGCCGACCCAGAGACGCGCAGGCCAAGCUGGAUUGCGGUGGCUGCUUUAGUCGCAGCUCCAAGGAGGUAUUUGUGCUCCGCUCACUGCUCUGCUCCACCAAAUUGACGCAGAAUGCGGAUCUGCUGUCGCUGCUGCAGUGGCGCGCUCAUCCCGACACCAUACAGGACUCGCUGACCGGCGUGCUGCGGCUGAACGAUGAGGAGCUGGUCAAAUUUCUGCAAGAUGUGCUCGAUGCGCUCUUUGCCAUGUUCUCCAACGAGGAGGGCAACAGCACACAGCACUCGGGCCUGGUCUUCCAUGUGCUCGUUAGCAUCUUCAGCCUGCUGCAGAGCAACAAGUUCCAACAUUUUCGUCCCGUCAUGAAUGAAUAUAUCGAGAAUCAUUUUGCCGCGGCGCUGGUCUACAAGGGUCUCAUCACCUCCGUCGAACAUAUGGCUGUCUUCAUGACGAAGGCCGAGCAUCCGGAUCCCUUCCAGAAGUGCUUUGGCUCGCUGGAGUAUAUAUUCAAGCUAUUGAUUCAAUCGCGUCGUUUGUUCGCACGCGCCACUGGCGGUCAGUACGAGGACUCCUUCAGGCGGGAUCUGCACUCGCUGUUUACGGCGCUGAACGGGAUGUUGGCGGUGCCGUCGUACGAUGUCAUAAUACCCACCCAGGAGGCGCUGCUGGCCUCGACGGGCGUUGUGCUUGAACAGCUUAAGGAUACGCUGCCCGCACCAGAGCUGGGCAUGCUGGCGCGCAAUAUGCUGGAUGCCAUACCACGCGGUGCGCCCAUACGGCUCAUACAGGCCAAGCUGCAGGCUGUCAAGGAUCUGGUCUCAGGCGAGCUCUUCCACGAGGAUGAUUCCCGCACCGUUGUGCUUUCGGUUGCCUGCAAGCACCUGCGCAUGCAUCUCAGCCGACGCGAUGAACUGCGUCUCUGCGCCGAAAUUCUCUCGCAGAUUCUCACCCAGCUGUAUGAGCUGCAGCGCGAGCAGCGCGACAAGGUGACCAACACGCUGCAGCAUGAUCUGGACUCGCUGUGCAAGAAUAUUCUGGGUAUACUGAUACGCACCAUUAGCAUCAUCAUGGAGGGCUCCAAUCCGAAUCUGCCACAGCUGGUGUCCUGCCUGUUGGGUCUGCUGCAGCUGCUGGACGAGACGCACUAUAAACGCUACUGGGACGAGCUAACGCCCAACAAGGAUCCGCGCGAUCUGAAGGAUUUUCUGAGCAAAUCGCUGCUGGUCUAUGAGGAACUGCUCACCCAGGAUUGGCUCGUCUUUCCCACCGACUGGCUGAUUAUGAAGCUCGCCGCAAACGAUGUGCUGCGCAAGUCGCUCGAGGAGUUUGCCAAGCCGCUGGUCUAUCGUUUUCUCGGACCGCAGGCCUUUGACUCACAGCUCUGGUGGAGCUACUUCAGCCUGGCGGUCACAUUUCUCACCCAGCCCUCGCUGCAGCUGGAACAGUACAGGGAGCCAAAGCGUCUGAAAAUCUUGCACUCACACGGCGAUAUGCGCGUCCUGAUGGGCUUCCAGAUACUCAGCAUGUGGUCGCAGCUGGGUGAGCAGAAACUACACUUCAUACCCUCAAUGGUGGGCCCAUUCCUAGAGGUUACCCUUGUGCCGGAGCCAGCGCUGCGCAAAGCCACCCUCUCGGUCUUCUAUGACAUGAUGCAGUGCGAGCAGGCUGCACGUGGCUCCUUUCGUCUGGUGGAGAGCGAGCUCAUCGACAAGCUGGAUCUGCUGAUAAGCGAGAACAAGGGCGACGACGAGUAUCGGGAGCUCUUUAGCACCAUUUUGCUAGAGAAGGUGCAAACGGAAAAUCCGAAUUGGAAGGAUGCGGGCACUGCCUUCAUAGCCUCGGUUACCCGUUUACUGGAACGACUCCUGGACUAUCGCAGCGUGAUGCAGGGUGAGGAGAAUCGGGACAAACGCAUGACCUGCACCGUCAAUCUACUCAACUUUUACAAAAACGAAAUCAACCGCAAGGAGAUGUAUCUUCGAUACAUCUACAAGCUGCACAAUCUGCAUCUACAGGCGGAGAACUACACGGAGGCGGGCUAUACGCUCAAGCUAUAUGCCUCCAUGCUGAGCUGGGAUCGGGAAACCCAAAGCUUUGCGCCCUUUGACAACAGUGGACAGCCGGAGUGGCAGCGCAAGGAGCGACUGUAUCACGAGAUACUCAAGUACUUUGAUAAGGGCAAAUGCUGGGAGAAGGGCAUUCCAUUGUGCAAGGAGCUGGCGCAGCUCUAUGAGACGCGCCGCUUUGACUACAACAAGCUGAGCGACAUCCUCAUCCUGGAGGCCAAGUUCUUUCAGAAUAUAUUGACGCAGCUGCGUCCGGAGCCGGAAUACUUUCGUGUUGGUUUCUAUGGCAUGGGCCUGCCGCUCUUCGUGCGGAACAAACAGUUCGUCUAUCGCGGCCUGGAAUACGAGCGCAUUGGUGCCUUUACGCAGCGCCUGCAGACGGAGUUUCCCAGCGCACAGAUACUGGCCAACAAUAGUCCGCCGGAGGCGUCUAUACUGAAUGCACCCGAGCAGUAUAUACAGAUCAGCAAUGUGCGUCCGGUGGGCGAUGCGCAGGCUCUCAAGACAGCGAUGGUGCCCGUGCCGGAGAAGAUAGCCCGUUUCUAUGAGGUGAACGAUGUGACGCGCUUCAUCUACGAUCGACCCAUGUACAAGGGACCCAUUGACAAGGACAACGAGUUCAAGUCGCUGUGGAUCGAGCGCACCACACUGGACAUUGCCAGUCCAUUGCCUGGCAUUUUGCGCUGGUUCGAGGUCAAGCAGAAGUCCGUGCAGGAGCUAACGCCAGUGGAGUAUGCCUGCGAGAUAAUCAACAAUGCGGGCAAGGAGCUGGCGGAUCUAAUUGUACAGUACAAGCGCGAUCCAAAGCGCAAUAUAAAUCCCUUCUCGAUGCGUCUGCAGGGCACCAUCGAUGCCAAUGUCAUGGGCGGCAUCAGUAAGUAUCAGGAGGCGUUCUUCUCGGAUCACUUUCUCAAGUCGCCGCAAGGCGCUGGCCAGCAGGCAAACGUGCAGCGGCUCAAGAUUCUAAUACUGGAGCAGAUACAAAUUCUGGAGCAGGCACUGGAGCUGCACGGACAGCUGGCGCCCGCCGGCGUACAACCGCUGCACAACCGCCUGCUGGAACGCUUCUCUCAGCUGAAGCAGAGCCUCUCCGGCAUGGGCCGGCUUAAGCGUCAGCCCUCGGAGAGCAUUGUGAAUACCCCACUGCCGCCGCUGCCCACGGAGCAGCGUUCCGCUGCCCAACAGCAGGCCAGUGGCCAGCCGAAUGCCAACUAUGUGUAUGAGCUGGACGAGAUAUAUACGCGACCCGGCGACACGUUGCGCCCGGUGGAAACAAUGAAUUCCUAUCAGACGCUCAGCAAAGAGAGCCUCAGCAUACAGCUGCCACUCGCUGAGCAGGGCGAUGCGCCGCCCGUGCCCAAUCGGCCGCGUUCACAGAACUUUGUGACAACUACCAACGGCGCCAUGGACAGUCCGGAGGUGCCCCCCAAGCGUCAGCCACCCAACAGCUCGCCCAGUGCACCGCCGUUGCCGCCUCGUGGCAUUACGCCGGACAAACGUGCCUCAAAUCCGUUGAUCUUCAACGAUUUUGGCGGCGGCAUGACUGCAGAUGCCGCGGCGCGCCGUCACUCGGCCCAGCAGCAGCAGCACGGCCAAAAGUACUCCGUGGUGGACAUUAGCUUCGAUGAUCCCGAAGCGGAUCAGCAGCCGCACUCGCUGCCUCAUAAUCUUCAGGAGGCCGGCAACCAUUUGAACGUUUGCUUUGCUCCCAACGAUUUUCGUGACUCGGGCAUCUCCACCACCAGUUCGCGUGAGCUCAACCAGUUGAAUAAUCUGAGCGAGGAGUCAUCCAGCAUUUCGAUGAGUACCGUGCAUCAUCGCGAGCACUGUCGCAUCAGCUCCAAUGGCAGUCUGGAUGUGCACAUGCAUGCGUCCGCCAUGAAUAUAACUCAACGGGACAGUUCCACCAGCUCGUUUGAUGUUGAGGAUAUACCCGUGCCGCCGCCUCCCAUACCGCCCAAAUCACUGGGCGUGGCAGCAAACGGAGUAGGCGGCAUUGGCCUAACCAGCGACGAGGCACACUCACCCAACACACAUCCAUCGCUCAAUCAUUCCAUAAACAAUCACAAUCAUCUACACAACAAUCAGCUACAGCAGAAUGGCGACAGCGUUGGCGCCGGCGGCGCCGGCUCGCCGGAGCAUCAGUUGCCCAAUGGCAAUGGCCUGGCAGGUAGCCUGCUCGCUCCGCCGGCGUCCACAGCUGUGGAGGCGGCCACAUCCACAUCCACCAGUCAUCCACACGAUGGCGGCACUUUUUGAGUUACAAUAUGUCGCUGCCAUCAUCCACCCGAUCAGCCGCAUCAACCACACAAACCAUCCUCGUCGACAUCGACUUCGGACAGCACGGCGACGGAGACGGCCACCGAGAGCAGCGACUCUAGCGCCUCCACAGAAUCGUUGACACCACCAACACCACCGCCAGCACCAGCACCACCGCCGCCAGCUACGUCAGCUAUGUACAAUCAUUUUCAUGGGACACACAGUCACGUGCAUGCCCCAACGCCUGGGCCGUCGGCUCACUACUGCCAGGACUGCCUGUCAUCGCCAUCACCGACGCCCACAAUUAUUACGGAGCAGGCCCAGGUGCAUGCCAUGCCGGCAACUGCGCCGCUGCCGCACAUUGAGCACUGUUCCUGUGGGCUCAGCUUUUCGGUGCAGGCGCAUGCAAACUCCACGCUGGAGCGGCACACCCAUGGCUACCAAUUGGAGCAGCAGCUCAGCUGCCAGCAUCAUCAUUUUCAUCAGCAGCAGCAGCAGCAGGUGCCAUCAGCCCAUGUCCACGCCCAGACUGACUGCGUCUACGAGCCACGCUGAUUUGAAUGAAAUCCAACAGAGUUACCCGCAGAGAGUGAGGAUUAGUUUCUUAUAUGAUAACAAGUAUUGUGUCGAUAUUAAUAUACAUUAAUCAUUAAUCAUUAUUAAUUUUAAUUAAUUAACUUUAAUUUUAAUUACAUGCUUGGUGCCAAAUGUUCGCUGCAAAUCCAAAGCGCAAGUUGUAAAAAUAGGUUGCCACACGAAAUUUAAAAUUUAAAUACAAAUUUUUAUUAAAUAUAUAUCAGUUAGGAUUAUGUUAUAAUUGUAUAUCCAGAAAAGGGGGAAUUGUCGCUAAAGUUACUAAGCCGCAGCAAUAAAAUAAAUAAACUAAAUGUAAGCUACAACAGUUUCUAGAUCUAAGCAAAUAAAGAUCAAAUUUCUAUAAA